AUGGCUAGCACAGGAAGUCCGAUUGAAAAUCCUCUCGGAGUCAGCUAUAGUCUGCUUGUCGGCCCUCUCCUCAUUGGCGUAGUCGUCAAUGCACUCGUCUUUGGUGUCUGCGUCAUGCAGCUCAUCUCCUAUUUCCUCGCGGGCUAUAGAGAUAAUUGGAAAGUCAUAGGCAUGUUAUCCUGGAUAUACAUAAUUGACGCAUUCCAAGUCGCUACUUCUGUAUCGAUGUUAUGGCACUACAUUGUCCACAACUUCGCAAAUCCCAUUGCACUUGCGUCCUCACCCUGGGAAUACGCCACCCUGCCCAUCUUUUCGUCUCUCGCUUCCGUACCGAUUCAACACUUCAUGGCGUAUCGUAUCAUGCGCUUCUCAGGUUCCAAGCUCCUCUUCGCAUGGAUCUCCAUUCUCUCGCUUGCACAAGCCGCAGCGGCAUGCACGAGCGCCGCUAAGGGCCUUAUGAGUCCCUCGAUUGAAAGUCAUAAGGCGAUUAUACCUGUUGCGGACGCCUGGCUUGCGUUGAGCGUUGCGUGUGAUACAAGUAUUACGAUCCUGCUAUUGUAUUAUUUGUUGAAGAACCGGACUGGGUUCGAAAGAACAGAUUCGAUUAUCUCGAGAAUAUGCACAACGACUGUUCGGGCUGCUGUUCCUGUUACAGUUCUUUGCAUUCUCGACUUAUGCUUCCUCACUACGACACCGAAUAACAACUUACAUUACAUGUUCGCCUUGCCCGUCGGUCGGUUAUAUACGAACACGCUCAUGAGUACGCUGAACGAACGUAAACUCUUGCGCUCGCAGAUGGAGAACUCUUCUGGGAACAGGGGGAUAAGCCUAGCCGCCUUAACAACAUCCAAACACCGCUUCCAACGACACCCCGCCCAAGUCCGUAUAGACGUAGACGUAAACCAUGACGGUUCACCCAACUCACCCGUCGACCUCGACAGCGUAAAAGACAGCUUACGAAACAUGCGAGGGAUGACAAUGGACGAAGACAAGAAACUCAGCCCGCUCGACGAGGUCUCACCAAUGUCCUCCCCACGUACUCCAAUCAGCCCGAGUCAAGCGCAUGUGGUGAACGUGUUGCCUAGAGGGAACGGAUAUGGGAUGAGUGAACGAUCACAGAUGCAUGGUGGUGGAGAGGGGAGUGGGAACGAAAGUGGAGAGGAGAGCGGUGUGAUGGAGAGUGGAGGUGUUAGGUUCGAGAGGGCCGGGUAUGGGUAUUGA